CUGGCCCUUAUUUUCUUCUUCCUGCGGCCGAGCCUCACUCGCCAAGGCGGCGGGGCCGGGAGGGGUUGUACCUGUGCGCGAGGGUCCUCAAAAUUAAAUAAACUUGGGUUUUCUCCGUUCUUGGAGCUGCCCUUGCAAAGGACUUAUUCCAGGUGGAGAUUAGGAUGUAGGCAGAAUAGAGCAAUGGAAAGUGCACCAGGAGUGGACUGUGGGCAGAUUUCCCGGUAUGUAAAACAGGGAUAACAGUAUACCUGCCAUGCAAAGUUUCUGCCAGGUUCAUGGAAAGCGCCUGUUUAGAAACACGCCUUAUUUUUGAUGGAAAGGAAGACUAGGAAGAUACGAUUUCUGUCUGACUAAAGGGACCUGAAAAAGGAGGGAAAAUGGCUUCUGAUUCUGAAACUCUGAAUCCCAGUGCUAGGAUAAUGACCUUUUAUCCAACUAUGGAAGAGUUCCGAAACUUCAGUAGAUACAUUGCCUACAUUGAAUCCCAAGGAGCUCAUCGGGCAGGGCUAGCCAAGGUGGUUCCUCCAAAAGAGUGGAAGCCACGAGCAUCCUAUGAUGACAUUGAUGAUUUGGUCAUUCCUGCCCCCAUCCAACAGCUGGUGACGGGGCAGUCUGGCCUCUUUACUCAGUACAACAUACAGAAGAAAGCCAUGACUGUUCGGGAGUUCCGCAAGAUAGCCAACAGCGAUAAGUACUGUACCCCGCGCUAUAGUGAGUUUGAAGAGCUUGAGCGGAAAUACUGGAAAAAUCUUACAUUCAAUCCUCCGAUCUAUGGUGCAGAUGUGAAUGGAACCCUCUAUGAAAAGCACAUUGAUGAGUGGAAUAUCGGCCGGCUGAGAACAAUCCUGGACUUGGUAGAAAAGGAGAGUGGGAUCACCAUUGAGGGUGUGAACACCCCAUACCUGUACUUUGGCAUGUGGAAGACAUCCUUUGCUUGGCACACUGAAGACAUGGACCUCUACAGCAUCAACUACCUGCACUUCGGAGAACCAAAGUCCUGGUACUCUGUUCCACCUGAGCAUGGAAAGCGGUUGGAACGCCUCGCCAAAGGCUUUUUCCCUGGAAGUGCUCAAAGCUGUGAGGCAUUUCUUCGCCACAAAAUGACCCUGAUUUCCCCGUUAAUGCUGAAGAAAUAUGGAAUUCCCUUUGACAAGGUGACUCAAGAGGCCGGAGAGUUUAUGAUCACUUUCCCUUAUGGUUACCAUGCCGGCUUCAACCAUGGCUUUAACUGUGCGGAGUCUACCAAUUUUGCUACCCGUCGGUGGAUUGAGUAUGGCAAGCAAGCUGUGCUGUGCUCCUGUAGAAAGGACAUGGUGAAGAUCUCCAUGGAUGUGUUUGUAAGGAAGUUUCAGCCAGAAAGGUACAAACUUUGGAAAGCUGGGAAGGACAACACAGUUAUUGACCAUACUCUGCCUACGCCAGAAGCAGCCGAGUUUCUUAAGGAGAGUGAACUGCCUCCAAGGGCUGGCAACGAGGAGUGCCCAGAGGAGGACAUGGAAGGGGUGGAGGAUGGAGAGGAAGGAGACUUGAAGACAAGCCUGGCCAAGCACCGAAUAGGGACAAAGAGGCACCGAGUUUGUCUUGAAAUACCACAGGAGGUGAGUCAGAGUGAGCUCUUCCCCAAGGAAGAGCUGAGUUCUGAGCACUAUGAGAUGACGGAGUGCCCGGCUGCCCUCGCCCUCGUGAGGCCCACCCAUAGCUCUGUGCGUCAAGUUGAGGAUGGUCUUGCCUUCCCAGAUUAUUCUGACUCCACUGAAGUUAAAUUUGAAGAACUCAAAAACGUCAAACUAGAAGAGGAGGAUGAAGAGGAAGAACAGGAAGCAGCUGCCUUGGAUCUUUCUGUGAAUCCUGCGUCUGUAGGGGGACGCUUUGUCUUCUCAGGUUCCAAAAAGAAAUUGUCUUCUAGCCUGGGCUCUGGCUCUUCACGGGAUUCCAUCUCUUCCGAUUCAGAAACCAGUGAGCCUCUCUCCUGCCGAGUCCAAGGGCAAACAGGAAUUCUCACUGUGCACAGUUACGCCAAAGGGGAUGGCAGGGUCACCGUGGGAGAGCCAUGCACGAGGAAGAAAGGCAGCACUGCCAGAAGUAUCAGUGAGCGGGAGCUGGCAGAGGUUGCAGAUGAAUACAUGUUUUCCCUGGAGGAGAAUAAGAAGUCCAAGGGCCGCCGUCAGCCUUUAAGCAAGCUCCCCCGCCAUCACCCACUUGUGUUGCAGGAGUGUGUCAGUGAUGAGGAGACAUCUGAACAGCUGACCCCUGAGGAAGAGGCUGAGGAGACAGAGGCCUGGGCUAAACCUCUGAGCCAGCUGUGGCAGAACCGACCUCCAAACUUUGAGGCCGAGAAGGAAUUCAAUGAGACCAUGGCCCAGCAGGCCCCUCACUGCGCUGUUUGUAUGAUCUUCCAGACUUACCAUCAGGUUGAGUUUGGAGGCUUUAGUCAGAACUGUGGAAAUGCUCCAGAUUUGGCCCCCCAGAAGCAGAGGACCAAGCCAUUGAUUCCAGAAAUGUGCUUCACUUCGACUGGCUGCAGCACGGACAUCAACCUUUCUACUCCUUACCUUGAGGAGGAUGGUACCAGCAUACUAGUUUCCUGCAAGAAGUGCAGCGUCCGGGUCCAUGCCAGUGAGUGCUGCUCACCUUUCUCUGUGUCCUGUCCCAGGAGUAUGGACCUGCUCACUGCAAGUCCUUGCCACGUACUGGCCUCCCAGUCCCUAAAAGGUUGCUAUGGGGUUCCCCCUGCAAAGGCUUCUGAAGACUGGAUGUGUUCUCGGUGUUCAGCCAAUGCCUUAGAGGAGGACUGCUGUUUAUGCUCAUUACGAGGAGGGGCCCUGCAGAGAGCAAAUGAUGACAGGUGGGUCCACGUUUCAUGUGCUGUGGCAAUUCUGGAAGCAAGGUUUGUCAACAUUGCAGAAAGAAGUCCAGUGGAUGUGAGCAAAAUCCCCCUGCCCCGCUUCAAACUGAAAUGUAUCUUCUGUAAGAAGCGGAGGAAAAGAACUGCUGGCUGCUGUGUGCAGUGUUCUCACGGCCGCUGCCCAACUGCUUUCCAUGUGAGCUGUGCCCAGGCUGCGGGUGUGAUGAUGCAGCCUGACGACUGGCCUUUUGUGGUCUUCAUUACCUGCUUUCGGCACAGGAUUCCUAAUUUGGAGCGUGCCAAGGGGGCCUUGCAAAGCAUCACUGCAGGUCAGAAAGUCAUUAGCAAGCAUAAGAACGGGCGCUUCUACCAGUGUGAGGUGGUCAGGCUCACCACCGAGACCUUCUAUGAAGUCAACUUUGAUGAUGGCUCCUUCAGUGACAAUCUUUAUCCUGAGGACAUAGUGAGCCAGGACUGUCUCCAGUUGGGUCCUCCUGCUGAAGGGGAAGUGGUCCAAGUGAGAUGGACAGACGGCCAAGUCUAUGGAGCCAAGUUUGUGGCCUCCCACCCUAUCCAAAUGUACCAGGUGGAAUUUGAGGAUGGCUCACAGCUUGUGGUUAAGAGAGAUGAUGUGUACACGCUGGAUGAAGAGCUUCCCAAGAGAGUCAAGUCUAGACUGUCAGUAGCCUCAGACAUGCGCUUCAAUGAGAUUUUCACAGAGAAAGAGGUUAAGCAAGAAAAGAAACGGCAACGAGUUAUCAACUCAAGAUACCGGGAAGAUUAUAUUGAGCCUGCACUAUACCGGGCCAUCAUGGAGUAGGUGCUUCCAGGGUCUAAGAGAUUCCCAGCCAUCAAGGCAAGAGCACUCUGGGUUCCACAGCACAGCAGACACGGAACUCUGAA